AUGUCUGAAGAUGCUUUAUUGGAAGAGGACAUUUGGGAGUACAAAUCCAUUAGGAAGAAAAAGCAUCAGAGUAGUUCAGAGAACAUCUCUACACCUGUGCAGAAAGUAAGUGAUGGCAAGUGCAGGCCGAAAAUAAAGAGAAAUGGAAAUAAAAAAAAAUCUGUAGAAAAAACUGAUACGCCUCAGAAAACCGAGCAGAGCUCAAGGCCAAAUGAGGAUGUAGAUCAAUGUAAAGAUGACAGUAGCGUGCACUCCCAGGAAAGUGUGAGUAGCCUGACAGAACAGAGCUCCCCAAAUGCAAAGCCCAUUCAUGAUGGAUACUGUCCGAGCUGCCAGAUGCCUUUCUCCUUGCUAUUGGUCCAGACACCUCGAUGGCAUGUUGCUGAAUGUUUGGAUACUCCAGGAUCCAUUGAAAAAGAGUGUGCUGAUGGUUUACUGUGCACUUCCACUAUUCCAUCCCACUACAAGCGUUACAGCCAUUUUCUACUUGCAGCAAGCAGGGCAGGAGAUUAUCUUGUAAACUCUUCAGCAAAUGCUUUGGAGGGGAAGAUGACGUGUUCUACUGCUGCAGAGCCCACCUGUUCCCCAAGUCAUGUAGAGGAAAUCUCACAGAAUGAGAAACCAUCUAAUAAUGUAAAAAAUGUCCCAAAUGAUGACAGUACAUUGAUAGUACGGAGUUUGCAAAUGAAGUCUCUAAAUAUAACCACUGAAAGUACUUCCUCUCUUGUUCAAAAGCCUCAACAGACAUUUCAGCUCACACAGACCACAGAUGAUAAUUGUAAAUUUGAAUUUUAUGACUUUGUAUCCUCUCAAGAAAGUGGAACAGGAGAAGACCUAUGUAGUCAGAAAGAUACAAAUCAGCCAAGUCUACUGCAAUCAAAAGCGGACUUCAGUGACUGUGAAAUUUCUUAUUCUCCACUGAGUACUUUUGAGGAAAGUGAAGAGGAAACUGAGGAAGAGAAGAAAGUAAAAAUAUCACAAAAUAAGUUAGUCAAAGUCCAGAACUUUGAAGAUGAAGAAUCUAAUUCUGUCAUGUUUAAAACAUUUGAUGGACUUCUUUCACAGCAGAAGCCUCAGUAUGAGCAUACUAAAAUGGGAAAUUUCAUAAUUAAAAAAAACCACUGUGAGGAAGUAAAUACAUUGAACCAUCUAGAUCAUAGUGCAGAAACUGUUUCUCAGAGUCGCAUGAACAGCAAGUUCUGUAAUUCAACAUGUGUAGAUAAUCAGCAUCAGCAAGAGGCAUCUUGUGGAUCCUCUUUUCCUUUUAACUGUGAGGAGGUUGAACAGCCAGAAUUGAUUUUCUCUGGUGCUAAAGCAGGUACCACAAAGUCAGAAGGUACAGGUGAUUUGGAUUCUGCAUAUGUGAGUUUUACUGAGACGUCAACACUACUAGUCAGAGAAGGUGCUGGGUCUCUUCUGACACAGAAAAGUAAUGUUUUGAGGGACCCAAGUAACAUUUUAACUAAUACAGAUAAAAUAACUCCCAAUGCAAUUGAAAAAACAGCUUGCCAGGAGAGUUUGCAGUCAGUAGUGGAGAAAGAAGAAAAUCUUAAUACAGCUGCUUUGUGCUUUCCCAGCCCCAUCUCUAAAACAGUGCCAUCUCUUUCUUUAGCAAGUAAGAGUGCCAAAUCCAGUUCUGCCAAAGAACUCAAACAAAUGGACAUUGGUGUUUUCUUUGGGUUAAAGCCCAAAGUAAAAGAGGAAAGCAAAGGAGAGACUCGUUUGAGUGAGGGAAAGCAGAUACCAAGUUCAGUAAGUCCCAAUGGAAAGAGGCCCAGACAGGAAAAAAGGAAAGCUGGAGGGUCUGUGGAAGAUGUAGAAGCAGUUACAGAAAGUUCAAAUAAAAAUGGAGCCUUUGCAGAUGUAAAUUCUCGUGGCCAACGAAGGUGGAUAAAAAAAUUUAAAGAAUUAUCUACUACAGCUGAAGGAACAAGAAAAAAACACUGCCCUUUCUACAAGAAAAUACCAGGAACUGGUUUUGCAGUUGAUGCCUUCCAGUAUGGAGAAAUCGAAGGUUGUACAGCUUAUUUCCUGACACAUUUUCACUCUGAUCACUACUGUGGGCUAACAAAAAACUUCAUGUUUCCAAUCUACUGUAAUAAGAUAACUGGCAACCUGGUGAAGAGCAAACUUCGAGUCAAAGAGCAAUACAUCCACAUGCUGCCAAUGGACACAGAAUGUAUAGUGAAUGGGAUCAAAGUGUUGUUGCUCGAUGCCAAUCAUUGUCCAGGCGCAGCAAUGAUCCUUUUCUAUCUGCCAAGUGGAACUGUUAUUCUGCACACAGGAGACUUCAGGGCAGAUCCUUCCAUGGAGCGCUACCCUGCUUUGAUUGGUCAACAAGUCCACACCCUUUACCUUGAUACCACAUACUGUAGUCCUGAAUACACUUUUCCUUCUCAACAAGAGGUUAUCCAGUUUGCUGUCAAUACUGCCUUUGAGACAGUGACUUUAAACCCACGUACUCUAGUUGUCUGUGGCACCUAUUCCAUUGGAAAAGAAAAAGUUUUUUUAGCAAUUGCUGAAGUUCUGGGCUCAAAAGCAAGUAUGUCCCGUGAUAAGUACAAAACACUGCAGUGCUUGGAGUCGACAGCUGUUAAUUCCCUCAUCAGUGUGGACUGGGGUGGUACUUUGCUUCAUGUUCUUCCCAUGAUGCAAAUUAAUUUUAAGGGCUUGCAAGAUCACUUGAAUAAGUUUUCUGAGAAUUUUGAUCAAGUUCUGGCUUUCAAACCUACUGGGUGGACCUACUCUGAUUCAUGCCUUUCUCUGGUGGAUAUCAAACCUCAGACAAGAGGAAAGAUCACUAUAUAUGGGAUUCCUUACAGCGAACACAGCAGUUACCUGGAAAUGAAGCGUUUUGUUCAAUGGUUGAAGCCACAGAAAAUCAUCCCCACUGUAAAUGUUGGUGACUGGAGAGCCAGAAGCUUGAUGGAGAAGCAUUUUAGAGACUGGAUGAUUGAGGGCAGUAGGCAUAAAUAAAUAUAAGGAAGAAAGUAUAUUUCAAAAGAGGUAGGCUGAAGUGGGAAUCGAGAGUUCCUGGGAAUUUUAUUUAACUCCUUUUUCUACAGAGCUUUCUUUAGG